GCACAUUGCAAACACUGAGCAGCAGCAGCAGCAGCAGCAGCAGGAGGAGGAGGAAUGGCAGAAUCCAGCAGAAUCCUGGUCAAAGGGGGGAAAGUUGUAAACGAGGACUGUUCCGUCAUCAGCGACGUUUACAUCGAAGAUGGGAAAAUAGUGGAAGUUGGGCCAAACCUCCAGAUCCCAGCCGGAGUGCGGGUGAUUAACGCCACAAACAAGCUGGUGAUCCCGGGCGGGAUAGAUACACACACACACAUGGAGCUGGCGUUCAUGGGGACCAAGGCUGUGGACGAUUUCCACAUUGGGACCAAGGCCGCUCUGGCCGGAGGGACAACAAUGAUCUUGGACUUCGUCAUCCCCCAAAAAGGGAAGUCUCUCCUGGAGGCCUACGAUGCUUGGCGUAGGACAGCCGAUGCCAAAGUUUGCUGCGACUACUCUCUGCAUGUCGCCGUCACGUGGUGGAGCGAUGAGGUCAAGAAAGAGAUGGAAACUCUGGCCAAAGAAAAGGGAGUGAACUCCUUCAAGAUGUUCAUGGCCUAUAAGGAUGUGUUUAUGCUUCAGGACUCUGAGCUAUACGCCGCCUUUUCCCAGUGUAAAGACAUUGGAGCUAUAGCUCAAGUGCAUGCUGAAAAUGGGGAUUUGAUCGCAGAGGGGGCCAAGAAGAUGCUGUCCAUGGGAAUCAGGGGGCCUGAAGGUCAUGAACUCUGUCGGCCAGAGGAGGUGGAGGCCGAGGCCACGCAGCGAGCGAUCACCAUCGCCCACGCUGUCAACUGCCCGCUCUACGUGGUCCAUGUCAUGAGCAAAUCUGCUGCCAAGGUGGUGGCUGAUUCACGCAGGGACGGCCGUGUGGUGUUCGGGGAGCCAAUUGCAGCUGGGUUAGGCACUGAUGGGACCCACUACUGGCACAAAGACUGGGCCCAUGCUGCUGGUUUUGUUAUGGGCCCUCCUCUUAGACCUGAUCCAAGCACCCCAGCGUACCUAAUGGACCUAUUGGCCAAUGAUGAUUUGAGUGUCACGGGAACAGACAACUGCACCUUCUCUGUGUGCCAGAAGGCCCUGGGCAAAGACGACUUCACUAAGAUCCCGAAUGGAGUGAAUGGUGUGGAGGACAGGAUGUCUGUCAUCUGGGAGAGAGGAGUGCACAGCGGCAAAAUGGACGAGAAUCGAUUCGUGGCCAUCACAAGCAGCACCGCAGCAAAAAUCUUCAACUUCUACCCGCAGAAAGGCCGCAUCGGCAAAAACUCAGACGCCGACGUGGUGGUGUGGGACCCCAACCUGACGAGGAGGAUAUCGGCCAAGACCCACCACCAAGCCGUGGACUACAACAUCUUUGAGGGCAUGGAGUGCCACGGCGUCCCCAUAGUCACCAUCUCCAGAGGGAAAGUGGUUUAUGAGGACGGGCAGCUCCACAUCUCACCGGGACAGGGCAGAUUCAUUCACAGAGGCCCGUUCUCAGAGUUCGUUUACAAAAGAAUCAGGCAACGAGACCAGGUGGACAGACCUGCAGCUGUGAUCAGAAAGCCCUACGAAGGCAAAGUCAUCUCCGUUUGAACUGACCGAGAACAUGAAAGUCUGUCUGGACGUCCAGCUGUGUCCCUGCAGUAUGACCAAGAUGCUAUCAAAGCAGUAAAGAAGGGACGUUUCUUAUAGAUAUGACAGUUUUAGACAUUUAAAGUGUAUCCAUUGGUUAUGUUAACACUACUCAACACUUUGUUCAGCUUUCUGCUGGAAGAUAAAACUGUGGUACAUUUCUUCAGCUGUGUCAGGCUUUCAGGAUGGGUCUGCUCAACGGGCUGGUUUGUAGAACCCACUAAAUGUUUUUAGCUUUCAUGCUAAAAUAUUUCAAGGUGAUAAUGUUUUAGCACGAUUUCAUGUUUAUAAGAUGGUAGGAAAACAAAUAACUGUACCAUUCAUACACUGCAUAUUGUGGUAGUUGCCUAGAUGUGAACUUGCAUCUGCUUCUUUUCUUCUUUCAUGCCAGUUUCCUUAAUCUUUAAUCCCCAUUUCUCCCCAGUGCUUGUUGCCCUUGGCAACGGGAUUGAUUUUUCUCAACCCAAAAGCAUAUUUUCAUUUGAUUAAAUAUUCAUGAAAAACACAGA